GUUCACAGCAGUGCCCUCGUCUUGAAGACUUCAUAUUGAAGACUUCCUGUGCUUGCAAUGUCCAGUGACGAUGCAGAAGGAGGACCUGAGAAGCGUGCGCGGAAGGACACUCUGAGGCUCCCCCGUGGUUUCGCCCAGCGCGGCGACCCUUCCGCGGGCGCCCUGCGCGCGGCGCUGCUGCGCGGUGCCGCGCUGUGGCACGAGGGGCUGAAGCGGUCCCAAGCUCUGCAGGUACCCGGCCUUGUCGUGGAUCAACCCAUUGCUGCGGACACGGUGCUGUUGCGGAUUCCCAAAGAACUCCAUUUCUCCAGGCCUCGAUGUGAAGAGAUCUUCAAGAACCUCUAUGAAGCCUGCGAGGCUCUUCCAAGUGCAGACCCCGAAAAGAGGGCCGAGGCCGCCGAUGCGCUGUGCUUUGCCAAAGUCUUGCAGAGCUGCGCGGCCGAAAAGUGCACUUCGACAGCACAGAGAGAGUGCCAAGGCCCUUCAACUUGGCCAGAAGCUUGGGGACAUGUAGCAGCAACGCUCUUGUCCAAUGUGGAGGACUUUGCGGAUCACCCUUACGUCGCUGCAUGGGAAGGACAACGGGGGAGAAUGCUGCGACUCACAUCAACUCCCUUGCGGCGAUCCGAGAGUUGCUGCGAUCUGCUACUCCCAACAGGCAGAAUGCCGCAGCUUUGCUCUGCAGAGCCCGAGCUGAUUGCUGCGCAGGCGCAGUACGUGAGGACGGUCUAUGGGUGCUUGCAGAGCACAGUGACGGAGAUGCCCAAGGAGUUGGAUGAAGGUCUCUUUGCUUUCUCCUGGCUUUGCCUCCUGACGCGCCGCUUCCGCGGACCUGAAGGUUCUGCUUUGGUGCCAGGGGUCGACUUCUUGAAUCACUCCUCAAAGCCGAAUGCCGCCAGCGAGUGGGAUGAGGCGUCCGGCUCCAUUGUCGUCACCAGCCUGGUGGAUCUACAGCCAGGAGACGAAGUUUGCAUCAGCUAUGGCAACUUGUCGAACCCGCUGCUUUUUCGCACCUAUGGCUUCACCUUGCCCUGUGAGUUCGAGCCCUGUUGCAGCUGCACCUUUACGCAGGAGGAGCUCGUGGCAGGUGCAUGUGCUGAGGCUGCCACCGCCCAGGUACAGGAUCUACCCAACUUGCACCUCAAUAGCUCCUUCGUCACGGAUGAGCUCGCAGAGCUGCUUCAGGCCUACCCGAGCGGCGCUGGAAAGCUACUGCGGUUGCUCUGUGCCGAACGGUUGGAGAAGAUGGAUGAGAAGAGCAAAGAGCUGAAGAUCUCAACUUCGACCAACCACGCGAGCCAUGCGAGCCGCGUGCUGCGCAGUGAGUAUCUUUGCCUUCGUUUGCAUGUGCAGAUCCUGGAUGAGCUUGCAGGACAGCCGAGCGAGACGUCCACCAGCGCGCAGGACUUGAAGCAUGAGCUUCAAUUGCUACACCAGGCAGGCAUGCUGGCGGUCUAAGCAGAUCUGAGCAGGUGGAAAACAGUCCGGAUGCGCACGGAGCAGGUGCUGGUGGCGCCGGACAAAUUUGGAUUUGUUUGGUGUAGUUGCAAGCCUCAUGCAUGCGAAGCCAAGACCAAGAGCCACACGGCUCAGUACUCGCGAAAGGUGUAUUUGGGGCUUCAAGUGUACAGCAAGAAUUUGCAAAGCACAGAUCAGC